ACAGAGAUCCUCCUGCCUCUACCUCCUGAGUGCCAGGAUUUCAGGCAUGUGCCACCACCACCCUGCUUUCAACACGGGCAUUCUUAAUUCCUAAUCUCUCUCACCUGGAGACAAAACUCAUUAACCCUUGCAUCAUUCUGCUAGCCUCUCUCCUCAGAACUGCUGUGCCCCCACCCCCACCUCCUAUGACCCUCAUCGUCUCCCGUGCACCCCGACUCUGUUCCUGCAUCAGCUGCCUUUGCUUCACUUUCCAGGAGAAAGCUCCCCUCAGGUAUUCCUGUCUGCCCCAGCUGCUUCUCGGGAGCUCUUGUUCUGAACCACUGACUCUAUCCCACUCCUAUUAGUUUGUCCGCUCCCCACAGUGGCAGAGUGAGGGAAGCAAGAAUAUACAGUCUGCACAUAAACGCUAAAGCUCUCUUCUGGAGGUAGUUCCUGACUGCUUCACCCACAACAACGGAAGGAGGGGGGGCAACAACGCUGGGCACACAGUCGUGGUGGACGGCAAGGAGUAUGACUUUCAUCUGCUGCCCAGCGGCAUCAUCAACACCAAGGCCGUGUCAUUCAUUGGCCACUGUGAUUAAUGGCAUGCUCCACCAGACCCAGCCUCAACUAACUUUCUUAUACAGUCCAAGCUCACCUGCCUAGGCAUGGCACCAUGCACGGCAAUGGUGUGGUCAUCCACUUGCCGGGCUUGUUUGAAGAGGCGGAGAAGAAUGAGAAGAAGGGGCUGAAGGACUGGGAGAAGCGGCUCAUCAUCUCUGACCGGGCCCACCUUGUGUUUGACUUCCACCAGGCAGUGGACGGACUGCAGGAGGUACAGCGUCAAGCCCAGGAGGGGAAGAACAUCGGCACCACCAAGAAGGGGAUUGGACCAACUUACUCCUCCAAAGCUGCCCGGACGGGCCUCCGCAUCUGUGACCUCCUGUCCGAUUUUGACGAGUUUUCCGCCAGAUUCAAGAACCUGGCCCACCAGCACCAGUCCAUGUUCCCCACUCUGGAAAUAGAUGUGGAAGGUCAACUCAAGAGGCUCAAGGGUUUUGCUGAGCGAAUCAGACCCAUGGUUCGAGAUGGUGUCUACUUCAUGUAUGAGGCACUUCAUGGCCCCCCCAAGAAGAUCCUAGUGGAAGGAGCCAACGCAGCCCUCCUUGACAUUGAUUUCGGGACCUACCCCUUUGUGACUUCUUCCAACUGCACCGUGGGCGGCGUGUGCACAGGCCUGGGUAUCCCGCCUCAGAACAUAGGUGAUGUCUAUGGUGUAGUAAAGGCCUACACCACCCGUGUGGGCAUUGGGGCCUUCCCCACGGAGCAGAUCAACGAAAUUGGAGAUCUGCUACAGAACCGUGGCCAUGAGUGGGGGGUGACCACAGGCAGGAAGAGACGCUGCGGCUGGCUGGACCUGAUGAUCCUAAGAUAUGCUCACAUGGUUAAUGGCUUCACUGCGCUGGCCUUGACCAAGCUGGACAUCCUGGAUGUCCUGAGCGAGAUUAAAGUUGGCAUCUCCUACAAGCUCAAUGGGAAGAGGAUUCCUUAUUUCCCUGCUAACCAGGAGAUUCUGCAGAAGGUGGAGGUAGAGUAUGAAACACUGCCUGGAUGGAAAGCAGACACCACUGGCGCCAGGAAAUGGGACGACCUUCCACCGCAGGCCCAGAGCUAUGUGCGGUUCGUGGAGAAUCACCUGGGAGUUGCAAUCAAAUGGGUCGGCGUUGGGAAGUCCAGAGAGUCCAUGAUCCAGCUGUUCUAGAUGCCGAGCAGAAGCCAGCGGGCCACACUGCGCCGCCCCGCCAUGAGCGAGCAGCUGCAGCCAAGAUCCUCUGCGGCGCGGUCAACACCUUCAACGCGACAAUCGGAAGCCACUUCCCAUGCUUUUAUUUUUCUAUGUACGUCUUCAGCUCGACCCACUGCAUUCUGCGACAAUUUAAAGUGUGUGAAAGGAGCACUGUGCACACUUUUUAAAAAUCUGCUUUUAAAAUGAGCCUAAGUGCCUAAGUGCUCAACACAGGGGCCUUCAAUGACUGAUUGUCAAUGGCAUGUGUUUAGUUGGAGCCGUGUCGUAAUAAACGUAUACCCAGGAGCCACCGGGAAGUUA